CAUGGCAUCCAGCAGUCGAGGCAUGGAUGUCAACAGAAGAUGUACUUCUAUAUGUUAUUGUUCUGAUGUGUGUAUCUAAUGGACCUGAAAUACAUUUGGACAGUUCGCGGGAUUUCGGGGACUCUGUCGUCGAUGUUGUGUGUAUAUAUUUGUAUUUCUCGUUUUAAGCAGCAUGCUAUAGCCGUCUCAUUGGUUCGGAAUCGGAUAGACUGAGUGGAGCUCACCAAUCCAUGAUGUAAACAGGAUUAAGCCAACACCGUCCAAGUCGUCACAGCCACCAGCGCCAUCAUGCCCGGUGAGGAUAAACCACCACAACAGACCCGCCAGAGGAAAAAGAACAAAAAGUCCCGCUCCAAGGGGAAGAGUCCGAGUGGGAGUCCCAGUGCCUGCCUGGGAGGCGCCAUAGACGGCCAAGAUGACCUCAUCUUACCCCCAGUGCUCCAGCCUCCUCCUAAAAAGAUGGCGGCGGAGAAGCCAAAAGCAUCCGUCGCCAAAGUGGAAGAGGAGUCGUCCAUUGCUAUCUGUCUUCAGGUGCUUUUCCCCUACCUGCUGGCUGGGAUGGGCAUGGUGAUGGCCGGCAUGGUGCUGGACGGUGUACAGCAUUGGACGGUGUUUAAGGUGAUAACAGAGGUGUUCAUCCUGGUGCCUGCGCUGGUGGGACUCAAAGGAAACCUGGAGAUGACCCUGGCUGCUCGACUCUCCACUGCUGCCAACACAGGCCAAAUGGACGACCCUGAUAAACAAUGGACCAUGGUGUGCAGCAAUCUGGCACUGAUACAGGUUCAGGCGACAGUGGUGGGCUUCCUCGCAGCAGUGGCAGCCGUGUGUUUAGGGUCAUUUUCUAGAGGGGGGAUUGAACUGGACCAGGCAGCUGUUCUCUGUGCUAGCAGCAUCACCACAGCCUUUGUAGCUGCUCUUUCCUUAGGCCUGGUGAUGAUCGGAGUGAUCAUCGGCUCCAGGAAGGUGGGGAUCAACCCCGACAACGUGGCCACCCCCAUCGCUGCCAGUCUGGGUGAUUUGAUCACCCUGUCCCUGCUGGCCGGGGUCAGCAGCACACUCUAUGAAUAUAGAGAUAUAUGGUACCUGUCUCCCGUGGUGAUUCUGGUCUUCCUGGCUCUGAUCCCGCUGUGGGUGGUGGUGGCCCGACAGAGCCCUCAGAUCAGCGAGGUUCUCCGCUCAGGCUGGCAGCCUGUUAUAGUAGCCAUGUCCAUUAGCAGUUUCGGAGGCCUUAUACUGGACAAGACAGUGAGUGAUCCCAACUUUAAGGGCAUGGCUGUCUUCACGCCCGUCAUUAACGGUGUGGGUGGUAACUUGGUGGCCAUCCAGGCCAGUCGGAUCUCUACCUACCUGCACUUCUGGAGCAUCCCAGGGGUGCUGCCCUACAAGAUGAGGCAGCACUGGCCCAAUCCUUGCAUCACCUUCUUCUCCUCAGGAGUGAACUCCAAGUCAGCACGGGUGCUUCUGAUGCUGGUUGUCCCCGGUCACCUGGUCUUCCUCUAUGCCAUCUCUCUGCUGCAGGGAGACGAGGUGCCUAUCAGUGUAGCCUUCACAAUCUGCUACCUGUGUGCUGCUCUGCUGCAGGUGGCCAUCCUCCUUUACUUUGCCGACCUCAUCAUCCGUGUGAUGUGGAGACGGAGCCUGGACCCUGACAACUUCUCCAUCCCCUACCUGACCGCCCUGGGGGACCUGCUGGGCACCGGCUUUCUGGCCCUCUGCUUCCGCUGCGUCUCACUGUUUCAGAGCCUCGGCCUCUGAAUGUUUUACCCCUGAACUCUUAGCCAGCCACGGUCUCGCUGCACAAUUUUUUUUACAUUUUUUUUUACAUUUACGCAAAGAUGCUUUUAAAUUGGACAAUAAAGCAUUUUCUGAUGGUUAUCACCGCGCCAGUUCGUACCGAGGAAUCUGUCUGUGUCACUAAUUCAAAUCUCGACAAUGACAGGGAGACGGCACAGGUGACACCCACCCAUGUAUACCCAUCCAUGUGCGUGAAGUCAAUCUAAUUAUUUUCAUUUGAGGGCAAAAGAAUUUAAAGUAUGUAGACGUUUUAGAUAUCCGUCCCGUCAGUAUAAUGAUAAUAUUGUUUUGUAAUCAUUCCUCUAUGUGUCUUUUAGUUUUCCUGCAUUAACUAAACGUGAGUUUGGUGGCUCUGUGCUCGCCUCGUCUCUCAGCUUGUCUCUUUGGCUUCAUCCGAGAAAUAUUUAGCAACUUCAUAGCAGCGAGACUGACCAGUUGGUCUGUUUGUGGACAUCUGUUUUAAUGCGGAUAGAUCAAACAGACUGUCCAAGCUGUCCAUGAUUGGGUGGCCUGUACUAUGCAUUAAUGCUAGAGGUUGAUGUAUGUUGUACACCAACUUGGAAUUUUCAUGGACGUACAGUAUGUCCAACAUAUGUUAUGUGGAAUGAUUUUAGAUGAAAGGGACUGAUUUAGUUUUCACGCAAAUCAGGUCACAUACCGUUAACACACAGGGGAAUGUUUCUGUAUAUUGUACUUUAUGAAUCUUUUCUUAACAUUUUCUGCAAAUGUAUUUUUUGAGCUAUAGCGUAAAGCAGACAUAAUGGGGUAAUUGGUAUAUUCAUGGACAAAGGCAAAUGGCAUGGCUGCACAGUGGGAACAGUAUGAUUUUAUGAAGUAGGUGUGGUGGGAGUUUUAUUUCAGUCACGAGCAAUGGAAUCACCUCUGUUCAGACAGUGUCAUGAUUCCAAAGCACUGGAAACGUGUCUACGCCUCUCACUAUUUGUAUAGAAAUCUCAGCAUUCAAAAAACACACACACACACACACACACACACAUUGCCACAACUCAAUGUAAGAAAAACUCACAGCAGUGAAUUGAUGCAGGAGACUAUAAGUAUUUGUUUUCACUCGUCAGUUCAGGUUCAUGUGUUGAUCUACUGUAAAGCUGCAGAGGAUCUUGGGUAUUCCCUCACUACUUGAUACUAACAGCCCCUUUAAUGGAAGGUCCACAAAGCCUUACUGUUCAGUAUGACGUUGUCAGAACUAUAAAACCUCAUCAUUACAGCAGUGAAUGCAUAUACAUGAACAUGUUACUCUGUUCAGACAGAAAGCAAACCCAAUUUUGGCUAUGUGUCAUUCACACGAAUUUCACCGCUGGAUUCUAAAUUCGGAACUCACCUUUAACUCCCGAUUUUGCUUUAUUUUACCUGCAGUCUCGCUCCUUAUUCUUCUCAUCUCUGUGCUUUUAUGAAACAAAUUCAUGAAGCCCUGGAAUGCGCUCAUAUUUUUUUAGUUAAGUUCAUACAUUUUCAACUCAUGCAGACGUGUAUCUAUUAACUUUGUAUUCAGUUGUCUAAAAUUUGAUUCACAUUCUGUCUGAACACUUGUCAUUCAUUUAACAUUUUAAGUUAUACAACAAAAAUGCAUUAUUUCAUCUUACACGAGCACACAAACUAUUACAAUUAGUUUGGAUAAAAACCUUAAACGGCAAAAGCCACAGUAUGUAGAGAUUAUAAUCUGAAGUACACUGUCCUCUCUCUAUCGUUGCUAUGUGAGCUUAAUCUCAAAGAUUUACUAUUCUUAAAAUAGCGUGUAUAAAUGCACUCAUGAAGUCACAUGCAACAUUUUUGCAGUUUGCUGUUACUAGUAAUACAUAUUUUAGAGACAAACAUCGUAAACACUGAAAUCUGAGGCAUUUCUAAAAACAGUAAUUGAUACAUAAGGUAUUUCAGUGUUAAUAGUGCUUUGCUAAAAGCUUUUAUUGUGACACUGUCACACAGUACUUUCUACAAUAGAAGGUAAUGAAAUAUAGAUACAUAUUAUUUGAAUCACAGUUUAUUUCACUCAAGCUUACUGAAAUCUAUGUGUUAACUGUGAUACUGUGAGUACUAGACCACAGCUAAGGUUGUGUUGUACCAGCACAUACUGUACAUGUGUCUUAAUCAGUAGGGCUGGACGAUAUAUCAUACAUCUUUAUUAUUAUAAAUUGUCACUGUUAUUCAUAUUUAUUGUGUUGUCUCACUUCUGAUGUUUGUCUUUAUUUAAGUCUGACCAGUGAAAGAUUCUAGACUUAUUGGUUGGUUUAAUGUCUGGUUAGCUGUCAUUGGUUUCGGUGUCCGGUGUAAGCCAGAUCAUUUCUUAAAUUUUUGAUCAUGACUAAAUUUAGGUUGGUUAUAAUAACAAUAAUUCAGUGUUUUGGGAAAUACGUUUAUUCACUUUAUUGCCAUAACUUAAAUGAGAAUAUUGAUAAAGAGCCGAAGUGAGAGGUUGGUAUCAAUCUUCUUAUCUCAUUUUUGGCAAGAACAUUUACCAAAAUGUUGGAACUAUUUCCCUAAAAUCUGUUGUUUAUCGUCCAGCCCUAUUAAUUAUUUAAAAGAUUUGAAUAGUAGUCUAAGGUUGCCUUGAAAACAAAGUUUAUGUGUACUGUCUUGUGUAAAACCUCCUCACCCUUCACCAUGUUGGUCAAAAAAUUGUAGCUUUAUUUAAAUGUUGCAACAGUCUUUACUCUUUUGCUGUCUAUUGGCACGACUUUGUACUGUACUUCAAUGUUGACACUGCCACAUUAUGACUUAUGGGGCUUUUAAAAUGCCUUCAUUUUCUAAUCCUUUUGUGUUCACUGUCACCUGAGCUUCCAUUUAUGCUAUGUCUUAUGUGUGCAUUAAGAUGGUGUGGAAGUGUGGAUUCGAAAAUGUGACAAAUGUUUGGUGAGUGUUUAUGUGAUUUUGUGGCUAUGAACAGUUAUAUUUUAAUAAAAACCAACAGUGUAA